CCCUCCCGGUGACGCGUCGCGGGGAACCGUCACGUGGCUGAAGGCCCUGGAUGCGGAAGGAGGGAGCGGCUCCUGCCUGUCGGCCGUUCUGGACGAGGAGCCUCGGAGCAUGUGCAGAGCGCCUCCGCCGACCCGAGGCCCCCGCGCGCUGAGCGAUGCUGUCGCAGGUCUUCGUGCUCUCCUCCAAGGGCGACCGGCUGCUCUACAAGGACUUCCGCGGAGACGGGGGCUCGGACCUGGCCGAGCGCUUCUACCGGCAGAUCACGGCGCUGCCUGCAGACCAGGCCCCCAUCUUCAUGCAGGCGCAUGGAGGGCUGCACUUUGUCCACGUGCGGCAUGCCGGCCUCUACUUCGCGGCGAGGGUCCUGCCCGGCGCCUCCCCGGUCACAGCCGUUGAAUUCCUUCAAAGGCUGGUGACUCUGCUGCGAGAUUACUGCGGGCCUCUGAGCGAGAAGACGGUCAGCCUGAACUUCGCUCUCCUCUACGAAGUGCUUGACGAGUUACUGGAUUAUGGCUACAUCCAGACGACAACGCCUGAUGUGUUGAAGAAUUUUAUCCAGAUGGAACCUGUGCUUGACCAACAGCAGUUCAGCCUCCUGGACCUCAGCACUGUGGGCUUGUUUGGCGCAGACACGCAACAGAGCAAAGUGGCCCCCGGCUGUGCUGCUGCCCGCCCCGUCCUGCCCCUGCGGGGGGAGCAGGGCGCACGGUCUGAGGUUUUCCUGGACGUGGUGGAGCGUCUCACAGUCAUCAUUGCUGCUAAUGGCACUCCCAUGAAAACUGACGUCCAAGGGGAAAUCCGCCUCAAGAGCUUCUUCCCUGGCUGCUCCGAGAUGCGGAUUGGUCUCACGGAGGAGUUCUGCGUGGGCAAGACAGAAUUACGAGGCUAUGGCACAGCAGUCCGUGUGGACGAAUGCUCCUUCCACAGCUCCGUUCAGCUGGAUGAGUUUGAGCGCAGCCGCAUUCUCCGCGUGAACCCCUGCCAAGGGGAGCUGGCCCUGAUGCAGUACCAGCUGUCAGAUGACCUCCCCACGGCUCUGCCCUUCCACCUCUUCCCCACCAUCACCCAGGACCCUCCUGGCAGGUUGCAAGUUUACCUCAAGCUGCGUUGUGACUUGUCACCCAAGAGCCAUGCUGGAAAUGUCCACCUCCACAUUCCUGUUCCCAGGUCUACUCUCAGCCUCUCCCAAGAGCUCAGCAGCCCUGAACAGGUGGCAGCGCUGCAGCCCACCACCAAGUCCAUUGAGUGGGUCGUGCCCCGCAUCCAAGGUGGCUCCCAGCUUUCUGCACUCUUUAAGCUGGAGGUGCCAGGCCUCGGCCGGGCUGGGCUGCUGGAGCUGGGUCCCGCCACCCUCUCCUUCGAGGUGCCGGCACACACGUGCUCCGGGCUACAGAUCCGCUUCCUGCGCUUCAUGGGGCCACAGCCGAGUCCCCCACACCGCUGGGUGCGGUACGUGACCCACAGCGAGUCCUACGUCAUCCGUCUCAACCCCGGGUAGAGGAUGCCCCUCCCCUCGAGCAGCCUCCUUGCCACCACAACAGGCCCGUUCAGCAAACUGGCUUUAUUUCUUCACCAACGGUUAAUGAGGCCAGCCAAUAAAGAACCAACAGUGGAACGGAAAACCUCCCCGAGGCCGCCUCUUCCUCCAGAGGAAACGCAACAAGGCACAACGCGCCAACCAACUCUGGGAAGAAGCCGCCGGGCUGGGCAGGGGAGGGAUCCCAUCCUGCCCCCUAUCUCAGGAACCCUGCGGGGGGAGGAGAGAGAGAGAGAGAGAGAGAGAGAGAGAUCAAGCCAGCCGGGGGCAGCCGGGACCCCGAGGGGCACCACUCGGCCUCUUGGGCGCAGGCCAGCGCUUUGGGCUGCUCAGCGGCUCUCGGCCGCAACAGCAAGCGAGAAGCUCUUUGUACAGAGCCGGCCACCACAGAGCAGCCACCGUGGGGGUCACUAGGCCCAGGAAGGCCCCCCGCCCCCCACGGACCUCCUUGGGCCAGAUGGAGCAAAGCAGUUCUCAGGUGGCCACACACGAGACGGAGGGACACAAGCGCAGCGGCUGGACCAAGUCAAGGCCUCUCCCCCUUAGAGACGGUCCUGCUCCAGGGGGUGGGCUGGGCUGGGCAUGAGGAAGGGAGUCCAGGGGGCUUUGGGAAAAGCCAGGCGCCCCCCCCCCCCCGGGAAUGCCACCGUGCUGAGAGGAGGCCCUUUCCAAGGCUGGAGAGAAGCCAGCAGAUUGGGAGCACCUUGCCUAGCCCAAGCUGGAGGGAGCGGGGUGGGUGUGGGUGUCUGGGCCAUGCAGGCAGCUCUGCCUCCCCUGCCCACCUUUACCUGGCCCAGAGCCCAAGUGCUGCUACUGCUGCUGCAUCUCCUCCUCCUCCUCCUCCUCGCUCUCCGGGGCCUCCAGCACCACCUCUCCAGCCGCCAUCGGAUGCAGCCUACAAGGCAUGAGCAGAAAGGCACCUUGACAGAGUUGCACACAAGAGAGGCAACAGCUUCACCCGGGAGGGUUGGCCGGGCGUGGCGACCGGCUUGCCUGCCCCCUCCAGCCCGGCCAGAGGGCAGGACCAGGCGGCUUCCUGGAGGCGGCUGCGCAGUGCUGGCCACACUUGUUCCUGCCCUCUUGCUGGGCUGGGGGGCAGGCAAGCCGGGGUGUGUGUGCGUGCUGGGAAUCGCCCCGCCGCUCGGCAGGCAUUGGCUCCCUUCAAGAGUGGAGCAGGCGCUCAAUUGCAACUCCCGCUGUCCCCAGCGACAAUAAAACUCCAUACCAGCCUUCAUCCAAAGACCCCAGGAAGGAGAACCCAGAUAAAAACAGGAACAAGACUUCAAAGCCUACAGAUAAAACUACCUUAAAAGGGGAGCAGGGGGCCACUCAUUGGUCAACACUGGCCUGUAGGAAAAGGGUGGUUUUCAGUUCCCCGCAAAGGGCUGGGGAAGAGAGCCAUGUGGGUCUCGACCACAAGAGAGUUCCAGAGCCCAGGGGCUAUCACUGAGAAGGCCCUGCCACAGGAACAGAGGAAGCUGCCAUAGACUGAGUCAGACCCUUGGUCCAUCUCGCUCAGUCUUGUCAAGGCAGACUGGCAGCGGCUUCUCCAAGGUUGCAGGCAGGCAUCUCUCUCUGCCCUGUCUUGGAGAUGCUGCCUGGGAGGGAACCUGGAACCUAGAUGCUCCUCCCAGAGCAGGUCCAUCCCCCUCGGAGGAAGAUCUUACGGUGCUCACACAUCUAGUCUCCCAUUCAGAUGCAACCAGGGUGGACCCUGCUUAGCUAAGGGGGCCACCAACCCUUUCAGAAUAUUCAUUUCUACAGCUUCACCUCCUUGUGAUCAAGCUUCCAGCAUAUCAUGGUGGAAAUAAUGACAGAUUCUGAUUCCCCUCUCUCUUCUGUUUUAUGCAAGCCCCCUGGGGCAGAGACCUUGCCUCUCAUUCCUUGCAAAGCACCAUGUACAAAAUAUCCAUUAAAUCCACUCAGAGUCUUUUUCUUUAGUCUCCCUCCAAGGGGUCUGCCUCCCCACAAGUGCCCCUUCCUCAUUAGCAGAUACAAAUAUUAGAAAAUCAGGAGUUUCCUUUAAAAAUAAAUCACCCAGACAUUUCGCAGUUGGGGUUAAGAAAGAGAGAAACCAGUGGUGCCAGUUGAGUUAUUUUAAGUUAGUUUCUCAAACAAUUAAAAAAAAAAUUCAUAAAUGACAAGAGUUUUGCUUCAGAACCACAUAUCAGAAGCAAAUGCAACAAAAUGUGUUCCUCAUAUCAUAGAGAUUGAGAGUUCCAUCUGUCCCAGAUUAAAGUGUUUUUGUAUCUGGUGGAUUCCAACAGAAGAUACAGUAGCACUUGGGAUAAGUCACACUGGAACUUAUUCCUAGGUAAAUCUGCAUAGGAUUGCAACCUUAAACUCCCAUUUAAUACCUGCCCUGCCUGGAAACCCCUCCCAAAGUUAAAAGGGCAGUGUGAUACCCCACUUUGCUUUCUAAAGCCUCCUACAAUUGACCUGCAUCUGUGGCCAGCCUGUUAGGAAAGGGUAUUGUGACACUCCACCCUAAACACACCUCAAAUGGGAGGAGAACAAUCAGACUAUAGAUGGAUGUAAUACCCACCCCUCCCUGCAAAAAGCACAGGCACAUUUUGUAUAUUACCAGAAGUCCCAUUAGGGUCCCUCCUAAAGUAAACGGGGUGAAAAGGGAAGCCGCUGGAUAACACACAAUCACAUCCAUGCUUCGAGCAAACUUGGGACCUCUAUGUGGACUAGAACCUUAGUAUGGCAGCAUAUCCCCACGCCCCCUGCUUUAACACACGCAGACUAUGCCAGGAUUCAGGAAAGCCACUGCCACACAACUGCACACAUUGCAUGCCAUUUCCUUGCAUCGACUUCUCAUGUACCUCUCUCUGGGACCAGAAAACAAAGUCCUUUUAAGUUUGGCGACCCACCCAUUCCACGUGCUGCCAGCUCCACACACAGAAAUCAGAUGUGCUUGACCUCAGCCCGAAGAGCAGAGCCCCCGCUCGCUGAUCGACUUGGAUGGGUCGAUUUGGCUGGCAGCAGGCAGUCCCAAGGAUACCUGGGGCCCAAGCCACUUGGGGCUUUCAAGGUAACAGCCAGCACCUCAAAUAGGCACACUGUCUACAGUCCCAGGUCUCAAAUCUGGCAGCCGCCACUUUGGGCACCAUCUGCCGUUUCCAAAUACUUCUCCAGGGCAGCCCCACAUGGAGUGCUGCAGUAAUCCAAGUGUGAGAACUCUCGUUCUUUCGAAUGACUUUUCAAAAUACACUGGUUUCAUCAGG